GCGGGGCCGGGCGGCGGCGGCAGCGGCGGCAGCGGCGGCGGCUGCGGACGAGCCAGUUGGGCCGGGAGCCGGUCGGAGUCGCCGCCGCGCGGGCCAUGGAGCAACCCAGGAAGGCGGUGGUGGUGACGGGGUUCGGCCCUUUUGGGGAGCACACGGUGAAUGCCAGCUGGAUUGCCGUGCAGGAGCUGGAGAAGCUGGGGCUGGGGGACAGUGUGGACCUGCACGUGUACGAGAUCCCCGUGGAGUACCAGACGGUGCAGCGGCUCAUCCCUGCCCUGUGGGAGAAGCACAGCCCGCAGCUGGUGGUGCACGUGGGAGUCUCUGGCAUGGCCACCACAGUCACGCUGGAGAAGUGUGGCCACAACAAGGGCUACCGGGGCCUGGACAACUGCCUCUUCUGCCCCGGCUCGCAGUGCUGUGUGGAGGACGGCCCCGAGAGUAUUGACUCCAUCAUCGACAUGGACGCCGUAUGCCAGCGGGUCACUGGACUGGGCCUGGAUGUGUCGGUGACCAUCUCCCAGGACGCCGGCAGGUACCUGUGUGACUUCACCUACUACACGUCUCUGUACCAGAGCCGAGGCCGCUCCGCCUUCGUGCAUGUGCCACCCCUGGGCAAGCCCUACAGCGCGGACCAGCUGGGCCGGGCCCUGCAGGUCAUCAUUGAGGAGAUGCUUUUGCUGCUGGAGCAGGCGGAGGGCACCCUCGGCUGCCACCACGCACGCUGAGGGCCACUGGUGGCAGCACGGCGCCUUCAGCAAGCAUGCAGGCUCGUGGCGUGCCAGGAACCCUGGCCAGGCGGUGGACUUGUCCCCCACACCCAGGAGCCUGGCAGAGCGUCCUCGGCCGCAUCCCCAGGGCCGGCGGCUGGGGCAGCCCGGGAAGGGCCCUCGUGGGCGCAGGACUGCCUUCUCUCCCUCUCUCAUUCUCUUUUCUGGAACAAUCGUGCGAGCUUGGGCAGAGUAAUUUAUGUUCCCUCAGCUUCCAACCCAGGCUCCCACCAGCCACGAAAGUGUCUUUUCUCAGCGCUACUGCUUCCCCGCCCGGACGCCCAUCUGUGCCCAGAGCAGGGGCCAGGCACGGCGCCCCCAUUGGCGCUGCACUCGGGGACCAAAGCGGGGUGCCAUGGGGAGGGACAAACUUUGUUGUCAUUGUCCCAACAAACAUGUUGAUGACCUGUCUCUCAAGACGUGCCAACAGCUCACAGCCGUGGACCUGCCUGCUUCUGGCCGGAUUUCUAGGGCUUUCUCCAAGUUGGGGGUCCCAUCUCAGCCACUCUUUCCAAGGGGGGUCCAGUGGGGGCCGUGUGUCUGGCUCUGGGGCUAAUGGUGCUUUUUCUUCUUGGAGACUCCAGAUUUCCAGCCUAGAGACUGGGGGGCAUCACCCUGGGGGGAUCCAGGGAGACUUUGGCUCUGAGGGGGCAGCCUGGCUCCCAGAAGACACCUUUCCCUGGAGUGGCUGGAGUAUGGAAGCCCACAGCUGGGGGCCCAUGGCUGGGAAGUGUUUCCUUCACCUCCCCCAGGUCUUGGGGUUUCACUCUCUACCCCCCCAGCAGGCAGCACCCUCCAGCCGCCCUCUCUGCAAGGUCUGUCGCUGUCGUGUGAGCAGAAAGGAGGGAAGGAAUUUUGGAUUUUUUGGAUUUUUGAGGUGAGGAAGUACAAGGCCUGAGCUGAGACUUUUUUUUACUGGUUCCCCAUACAUCCCCCAAAUUUCAUUUGUUCUGGUCCUUGCAAGAUUCUGGUCAGUUUCAGAGUGAAACACUCCACGUCAGCUUCUCGGGUCUGGGCCCUGGUCCAUGAGUUUCUUUUCGUGCUGGGGACCUAUGGAGCAUCUUACCAGGGGUCCUCUCCCAGGGCCCCUUGGUCAUCCGUGUCCCUCUGUUCCUGGGCUCUGCGCCUGCCUUUGCCUUGGUCCCCGAGCCCAUGACUCUGCCACAUUUGAGGGUCCCUGACUCUCCACAGACAUUUUCACUUGGACACAUUUUGCCUUUUUCCGCUGAACCCCAACAGCACCCCCUCCCCAGGCAGCCCGCUCCUCCAUGGUGCCGAUGCGUCUCCACGCAGCCUGUGUCCUGGGGGCAGAGUCCCUGGUCUGUGUCACUCAGAAAGAUGGGGUGCAGAGACAGAGGGGCCUAGGAAGGUGAAGCAGUCUGUAGUACAGUGUGUGCUGGAGAGCCGAGCGGAGGGAUGAUAGGAUGGGGGGAUGGGACCGUGAGCCCCUAGGGGUGCUGCAGGGAGGGGGCUGGACAGGGCUGCCCGGUGUCCCCUGUGGCGUGAGAGGAAAGUCCAACUCCAUCCCCACUUUGCUACCAUGGAAACUUCGAGGAACAACAGGGCCUGCUCAGGGCAGCGGCAGGCAAAGGGGCUCCAAAGCGCCUUUUCUCUCCCAAGUCACCGCCUGGCCAGUGGCCAGCUGCUGCAUGUGUGUGAGCCUGUGUGUGCUCACACAAGUGUGUGUGCAUGUACUCUUCAUGUGCGUGUAAGCCUGUGUGUGCUCAUGAAUGUGUGUGUGUGUGUGUGUGUGUGUAUGUGCACGCCCCCUCCUGGGCAGGGGAGGGCCAGUGUGAGGCGGAGAAAAUCUGCCCACCAAGCCCCCCUCUUUCAGGCUGCAGCCCUGUCUAGACUGUUGACCUUUCACCUCUCCACCCCUCCAAGUGUCUGAACCCAGAAGUUCCCGGUGGGAGCGGGCACAAAGCCCCAUUCUUCAGCCAGCCCCUCCCAGCCAGCCCACAGCCGGCCUAUGGGCACCUCUCUCCUCUCCCCAGAUGCUUCCCUUCCCGUAAGUGCCUAACCCAUGGGGGACACGGUGCCUCGGAGGCCAGGGUCCCUCUGAGACAUACGCGCAGUGCGGGGUGAAGGGGUGAAUUCUGAGACCCCCAGUUCAUUCCCCAGCAGACAGCUGCCUCCUGCUCUCCCCCCCCCCGCCCAGGGGCGAGGCCGGCUGCAGGCCUGUGUGCCCUGCAUGGGGGCCCAUGGGGGCUCCCUUCCCAGGGGUGCAGGCCUGCUGCUCCCCCGGAACAUCUUUCCCAGUGUGUAUCCUGCACCCCGACAGCUCAGCCCCCUCCUGUGGACCCAUGAAGACCCUCCUCCAGCUCCGGGUCCUUCAGUCUCGGGGUACCCUCUGCACCCCCAAGUUCCAGUGAGUGCCUUGUCCAAAACCCUCAUGCCUGGGUGUGGCCAGGGAGGGGCCCACUGGCCUUCUUUGGGGGCUCAUUCUGGGCACCUCCACACCUGACAUCUCAGAAAGUAAAUAAAGCUGUUGAAAUGUGA